AUGUCUUCUUCUUCUUUAACCACAGUCCAGUCUUCUCUGCUGCUUUCUUGCUCCACAAGUCAUCACAAUGACAAACCUCCCCAUAUAAAAUCUGUAAACUUUUCCCAAAUCCCAUCAUGGGUCUCGUUAAAAUCCACCUCAGCUCCAUUGUUGAGCACCCAGCACAUACAAACCGGGCAAGUCGAAAACGUUCACCUGGUUUCGUUAUCGAAACAGGGGAAGAUGAAAGAAGCGCGCGAGUUUCUGAAGCAAAUGAACGAGGCCGGCGUGGCCGUGACUGCUCAGUCGUACCGGUGUUUGUUCGAGAAGUGUGGACUGAUGGGUUAUUUUUCUGACGGCAAAUUCAUUCACGAAUGGUUGCGGAGUACAGUGAAGAGUCCAGCCGAGUUUCUUGAGAACGAUGCGCUUAAGAUGUACUGCGAUUGCGGGAGUUUGAGGGAUGCACAGAAGGUGUUUGAUGAAAUGCGUGGCAGGGAUUUGGUUUCUUGGGUUAUAAUGAUCUCUGCUUAUGUGGAGAGCGGUGUUUUGAGCAAGGCUGUUGGGCUGUUUUUGGAUAUGCUGGAGUGUGGGGUGAGGCCGAAUGCGUCGAUUUUUACGGGGUUGUUGAAGAAGUUGGAUGAGGAUUUGCAUCUGGAAUUUGGGAAGCAGAUGCAUUCUUAUGUUAUAAGAAGUGGGAAUGGUGGUGGUUCCGUUGAGACGGCGAUUGGGAACAUGUAUGUGAAAUGUGGGUGGUUGGAUGGUGCUAGACUUGUGUUUGAUCAGAUGGGGGAGAACAAGAGUGUGGUGGCUUGGACUGGGUUGAUGGUGGGGUAUACUGAAGAUGGGAAGCUGGGGGAGGUUUUGGAGUCGUUUGCUGAGAUGGUUAGGGAGAGUGUAGAGGUUGAUGAUUUUGUUUUUUCGAUUGUUCUCAAGGCAUGUGCUGGUUUGGAGGAGUUGAAUGCAGGAAGGCAAAUCCAUGGUUACAGUGUUAAGCUUGGAUUAGAUUCUGAGGUUUCUGUUGGAACUCCUCUAGUGGACUUCUAUGUGAAAUGUGGUGAAUUUGAAUCUGCUCGCCGAGCAUUUAAGAGGAUAGAUGAACCGAAUGAUGUUUCAUGGAGUGCCAUAAUCUCUGGCUAUUGCCAGAAUGGCCAAUUUGAGGAGUGUCUUGAGAUUUUUCAAACUUUAAUUGGUAAAGGUGUUACAUUGAAUCCGUACAUAUAUACAAGUAUAUUUCAAGCAUGCUCUGCAGUUGCAGAUAUAAAUUUUGGUGCUCAAGUUCAUGCGGAUGCAAUAAAAAGAGGCUUUGUUGCAUUCUUGUAUGGAGCAAGUGCAAUGAUUACUAUGUACUCAAAAUGUGGCAGAUUGGACUAUGCCUAUCAAGCAUUUGAAUCGAUAGACAAACCUGAUACUGUGGCCUGGACUGCUAUAAUUUGUGGUUAUGCGUAUCAUGGCAAUGCCUCUGAAGCUCUGCGUCUUUUCAGUAGAAUGCAGAACUCUGGCAUAAAGCCAAAUUCAGUUACAUUUAUAGCUGUUCUAACUGCUUGUAGCCAUUCAGGUUUGGUGACAGAGGCAAAGCAGUAUUUGGAUUCGAUGUAUAGUGUAUAUAAUGUGGAACCAACCGUGGAUCAUUAUGAUUGUAUGAUCGAUGUGUACUCUCGUGCUGGACGACUACAGGAGGCAUUUGAACUGAUAAAGAGUAUAGCAUUGUAUCAACUCCAUCUUGUCAAGGCAGCGACUGUUCGAGCAUGCAUCCCUAAAGAGUUAAGAUUAGUUGAAGCAUUUGGUUAUACUCUUGGCGGGUUUUUUCUUGCUAACUAUGAUGAUAGCCCAGCUGGAGUCUUUGAUGAGCUUGUUGUGAUUGCUGGACUUGUAUGGAGCCCUCCAACAUCUUGCGCAUGGGCAGCAAAGGUGCUUGUGAAUAGCAAUGAAGCUUGUGAUCAUGGGCGAAAGGAAGUAGGCCUACCAAGUCAAGUUGCGAGGUUUUCUAAGAGAAUUACAGCAGUUUCAAGACAACCACAGACAAAACAAAGCGAAUUUCUAAAUGCAAUUGGCAUGAAUGGUGUUAUCUCUAAUCCAGAAGAGCAGAUACAUGUUCAAGUGACUGAAAUCAUGGAUCAUGCUUCAAAAGAUGCCUGUAAUGUCAACCUUACCACUUCCAUGCCUGCAUUGGACGGUAACAAGUGGAUGGGACCAGCAAUCAAAAUGUCACUUCCAAGUUUUAGCGGUCGCACAAAGUAUUAUCCAGACCUUCUCAAGUACUCUUGCAUGAUCGACUGCAGGGUACGAGCAGUGCAUCCAGCCAAAGUCUCAGGGCCAUCUCCUGUGCCAACAAAUGAGAACGAACAAUCUUCAGACAGUCAUUGUUACCAUACGCAGAAUCAAAAAGAAAUCACGGACAAUGUGCAGAACCUUACCAGAGCCGUGAUGCUAUCAAAACCGUUAUUGGCAUUGGAGUUCAGUUCUAUGAAAAUGCAGGUUGAAGCUCCGGUUGUAAUUUCCAAUUACUUUAAGAACAACUCUUUAGCAACUUCUUGA